AUGGAGAGAAGGCACCCAGGGAAUGGCAGGGCACUCACAAGGCAAGUACUGCUUCUCUCUCUCUUGUCUUUUACCUGUUGGGCUGCAUCAGAGCAGAUUCAUUAUUCAGCCCCUGAGGAGAUGGCAAAGGGUUCGGUUGUGGGGAACCUCGCCAAGGAGCUGGGACUGAGCACCAAAGAACUGAAACAUCGCAAUCUGCACACUGUGUCUGUGGCUAAAAUGCAGCAUUUCAGUAUCAAUGCAGAGAAUGGAAACCUCUAUGUAAAUGACAGGAUUGAUAGGGAGGGGAUAUGUGGCAAAAAUCCAAAUUGCUUUGUUCAGUUUGAAGUUGUGGUAGAAAACCCACUGAAUGUUUUCCAUGUAACAGUAGAAAUCCAGGAUGUUAAUGAUAAUGCACCACAAUUCCUGAAUAGCAAUAUCAAUUUAGAGAUCCUUGAAUCCACUCUGCCAAGCACACGAUUUCUCCUUGGGAAGGCGGAAGAUCCUGACAUUGGGAUGAACUCUCUCCAAGAUUACCAGCUGAGCUCCAAUCAGUACUUCACUUUGGAAGUUAGAGAGAGAAAAGAUGGAAAUAAAUAUGCAGAACUGGUGCUGCAGAAAUCUUUGGACAGGGAAAAAGAGCAGACCCUUCACUUGGUUCUUACCGCUAUGGAUGGGGGUACGCCUAGGAAAACUGGAAUAGCCCAUGUACGGAUUAAUAUCACUGAUGCCAAUGACAACCCUCCCAUUUUCACUCAAGAGGUGUACAAGGUCAGUUUGAGUGAAAAUGCUCCUAUUGGAUCCACGGUGAUCCAGGUCAUAGCCUCUGAUGAGGAUGAAGGUUCAUAUGCCCAAAUCAGGUAUUAUUUCAGCAAUAUACCAGCUGAUUUCCGGUUGAAAUUCAGACUGGAUCCAGUCAACGGUGCAAUCACUCUUUUGGAUCCAUUGGACUUUGAGGAAACUGAAAAAUAUACAAUGAUGGUUACAGCAAAAGAUGGUGGCGGAUUGUUGACACAUUGCAAUAUUGAAAUAACUGUGCUUGAUGAGAAUGAUAAUGCCCCAGAGGUGACUUUAGCCUCCAUGUUCAGCCCUGUUCCUGAAGAUUCUCUGCCAGGAACUGUAAUUGCUCUGAUUAAUGUGAAUGACAAAGAUAACGGUGAUAAUGGAAAGGUUACUUGCUACUUAAACGAUGAUUUACCCUUCAAAGUUCUUCCCUCAUCUAACAAUUACUUCAAGCUCCAGACAGACAGUCCUUUGGACAGAGAAAUAGCUCCUGCAUAUAAUAUUACAAUCACAGCCACUGAUAGAGGAACUCCACCUCUUUCCACACACAAAACAAUCUCUCUACAGAUCUCAGAUAUCAAUGAUAAUGCCCCUACUUUUCAGAAACCAUCCUACAACAUUUACGUGCCAGAAAACAAUCCUUCAGGUGCCUCCAUUUUCACCAUCAAAGCCUCUGAUCCUGAUAUGGACCAGAACUCACGGAUCACAUACUCCAUCCUCAACAGCAACAUUGAGGAGCUUCCCAUCUCCUCCUAUAUCUCCAUUAAUUCUGAGACCGGCACCAUCUAUGCCCAGAGAUCCUUUGACUAUGAACAAUUCAGAGAGUUCCAGCUUCAAGUGAAGGCCCAAGAUGGGGGUUCUCCCCCUCUCAGCAGUAAUGUGACCGCCAGGAUUUUUGUUCUCGAUCGGAAUGAUAACAGCCCUCGUAUCCUGUCCCCCUCACAAGAAGCCAAGGGCUCAUCCUUAUUUGAGAUGGUGCCUCGUACAGCCGAGGCAGAUUAUCUUGUCACCAAGGUGGUGGCCGUGGAUGCAGAUUCUGGACACAACGCCUGGCUCUCCUACCACCUGACUCAGGCCACUGAGCCAGCACUCUUCACGGUUGGUUCUCAUACUGGAGAGAUCAGGACAGCAAGAGCCUUUGUGGAGAGAGAUGCUGUGAAACAGAGACUAGUCAUUAUGGUGAAGGAUAAUGGGCAGCCGUCUCUCUCAGCCACCAUUACUCUGAACUUGGUGUUUGCUGAGAACUUUCAGGAGGCCCUUCCGGAAAUGAAGAGCCAACCCAGCAGCUCGGAGUAUCAGUCUGACCUGCAGUUCUACUUGGUGCUGGCCUUAGCUGUGAUCUCCUUCUUGUUCCUCUUGACUGUGAUUCUGGCCGUUACAAUGAAGCUCCGUCAAUCAGGGCAUCCCAGGUUCCUACAGUGCUUUGGUCCUGUUCCCCAUUCCAAGAAUGGUGCCAUCUUCCCACCCAACUUUGAAGAUGGGACUUUGCCCUAUUCCUACCAACUGUGUCUGUCUUCUGAGACCAGGAAGAAUGAGUUUGCCUUCCUGACACCCAAUGUUCAGAUUGCAGACAAUAUUAUUGGCAGUGAAAAACCUGGUGUGCUUUUUACAGGCAAUGGAGGAAACAAUUUAAUUUCAGAGAUGGCAAAUGAUGAAAAGGUAGGGUUUAUUCCAGAAUAUUUUUCAUUGCACGCUGCAUGAUCUUUUACCAUAACUGACACCAAAAUAUUAACUAUAUGGAGGAUAAUUCAUUUUGUCUGACAUAUAUGUUUACUGGAAAAUGAGGUAUUUAAAUCUGGAAAGCAGUUGCUCAACCUUAUUUAUUGGGCCCCUCAUGAACCAUCUACUGAUUUAUGCAUGAUGAAAGAGUAAAUGUUACAGUGUCAAGGCAAAAAUAUCUAUGCAUUGGACCCAAGUAGCUUUGCUUUACUCAGUUGAAAAACUAAACCUGUUGUGUGGUAUUUAUGGCGUUGGAAGUUAACAGUAGGAUCCUAUGCAUGUCUACUCAAAAGCAAGCC